AUGGCGGACACCCCGAACAAAACAGCGCAGUAUUUCAUCAAUCUAGCUCAAUUCGCCUACUGGCUGGGAAUGCCUGAUAUUUGGAUACAAGAAGUGGCCAGACCAAAGAGAAUUGUCCGAAUACAUGACGCGUAUUGCUAUACGUGUGUCAUUCUAAUUUCAUUACUAGUAGUCUUCGAAUAUGGAGCAUUAUUUACUGAGCAGGAGUUGUCGGAUCGCCAGCACGCGAACAUGGUCCUUUUCGUGCUCUGUCACCCUUUAGUGAUAAUCUUCAUAAUGAAUUCGUUAUAUUUCGAGAAGAGAACCAAACGCUUGUUGUACGACCUCGCUGUGGGGCUGAAAUCGGUUUACAACGACGAGGAUAUCGAGGCGGUGACGGUGCAGAAGAUGAAGGUGUUGUCACGGGCGUUCGUCUGGAUUUUCGCGACCGCUAUAUUUUUCUAUGGAGUCGAUGCGCUGGUGAAUGUAGUUUGGUACGGCGCGACGUUCACCACAGUGAUCCUGGCGUGGCCGCAGACGCACCACCGGUCGCCCGCCGCCGACCUCGCCCGCGUCUUCUUCUACCUCAUCUUCCUGAACUUCAUGCUUCUCCUGGGCAUCACCUACAUGGUCAACAUCUCUAUCACCAUCUGUCUCAGCAGCCAGUUUAAAAACAUGCAGAGUUACUUCUACAAGUUGGCGGAUUUAUUUAAAGAGGAUAAUAUGACUCAGGAGCAGAAAGAAAGCAAAUAUGAAGAAAAUUUCAAACUGGGUAUCAGAUUGCACGCAAAGACGUCAUGGUGCAAACAAGAGUGGCAGGCUAUCUGCAACGUGAUCUUCAGCUUCCAGGUCGUGCUCAACAUCGGCAUCCUCAUCCUCAUGCUGGCGCAGCUCGUCCUGAGCGAGGAGCGGUCUUUGGCGUCGCUGAUCGCCAGCCUCUUCACGAUUGGCACGAUCCUGUCUAGCACCGGCCUGCUCAUGCUGAACGCGGGAGACGUCACUGUAGAGGCUCGAGAGAUUUCGACCGCGAUAUACCACUCCGGCUGGGAGAACUGCGCCGGUUCCUCUCCCAGGGUCCGCAAGUUGCUGGUCUGCGCCAUGAUGAAGGGACAGAAACCUGAAAUUUUAUGGGCACUGCGUCUAAUACCGAUGUCUUAUGAAUCCUUUGUUUCGAUUGUAAAGUCGACGUACAGCAUUUUCUCGUUACUCUACUAG